CGCAGUCAGUGUUGCCUCGACCGCCGAGCAAAUCGGGUCUCGAACGUACCGGCCGCGCGCGCCUCUUUAAUCGUCGAUCUCCCGCGCGAUCUUUUCCCCUUUAAUACACAUUACCGAUUUUUAUCCCACAUCGCAUGUACUCUAGUGAGAAAAGUGAUCGAAAAUUUCGAGGAUGAAAGUACGAUUCGACCGUCGUUACCAUCUCUGUAGUGCAGUAGCGGCCGAUCGAUGAGCGUCAAACGCGUCAGAGAUAUCAGCUGAUAAGAGUGUCCGAGCGAGAUGUCGCGCUGUCGGAGAGCCGUUCCUGGCGACGAUGCUCGUGUCGAGGAAGCCUCUCCUUCCGAGGAUUUGAAAAAAGUGCGUGACUUAUGUAACGACCCGGCGGAUCAAGAGCGUGUCUGUUAAAAGCGUGCGCGCGGUGGACGAGACAGAGAAAAAGAAAGCCGGCCCUGCUUUUCUAGAUUCUUAUCUCAUGCUGCUGGCUAGGACCGAGCGUAGCGGCAGCGAUAAGCAGACGACGGAUUUUUCGGCUCUAUAGCCCGCACACGUGGAGAGCCCGUUCGAGGGGAGUGAUUCAGUGUGAGAAAAGUGUGUAUGCCAGUGCAGCGGCCACGUCGACGUGUCGAAUAUUGUGCAUCGCUCUCGCGAGGCGAGAUUUUAUCGGAAGAAAAUAGUGCAGUGGCGAUCGAUCGCAAGUUUCAGUUUUCUCUCUCGCGCGUGCGUGUGUGUGUGUGUGAACGAUAUCGCACGCACGAAGCGACGGCAGCUGUAGCUCGGUAUAUAGCUAUACGCAAGCUCGCGAGCGAGUCGAGCACGUGGACACGAUAUACACACACGUAUACAGCGAGUAAGAGAGAGAGAGAGAGAGAGAGAGAGAGAGAGAGAGAGAGAGAGAGAGAGAGAGAGAGAGAGAGCGGCUGGCGCACCAUUGACGAAACUGCCGCCGAGGUGGAAUCUUAUCUUUCUCUCUCUCUCGCGUUAUUCGAGGAGAGUCGCGGCGAAGAUGCGCAGAGUUUCCGGGUGAGCUGGCAUCAUGGAGGCCGUCAGCGGUCCGACGCGACUCAACGGACCGAGCGCAGGAAGCGCUGCAGUACUGAGCUUGCCCAAGAGCAAGGAUGUGAAUCCGCUGAAAAUCGUGGAAAGCCCAUCAGCCGAGGACGCGAUGAGCAGCGAGAAGAACCAAGCCGACAUGGACCCCUACAAGGAGCUGGAACUCUACCUCGCCAAAGUAAACGAGGAGAUCGGCGCAAUCAUAGAGUCUGCUCCGCCGAGACGAGACGACCCGCCGGAGAAGAAGAAGAACAACAACAACAAUAGCGAAUACAUCAGCGCCGUCAGCGCUGUCAAGGAAACGAGCAGCAGGUCGAACAGCAUCAGGAGGCAGAGGCAGUUCGAGUCGAGACGAGCGAACGACUGGUCGGAAAACAUCCUUGCAGAGUUCAACAACAUCAUCGCCAACGAGAUCAGCGAGCUGACGAAGAGCAGGUCGCAGAGUAACGACUACCGCGACCUGCUCACCGACCUGGGCAUACCUAAUAGCGACAGUGGCACCGAGGAGGACGCCGUCACCAAAGAUGAGAAGAGGACGUUCGAUGAAAUGAAGAGCCGACACCAGCAUAUGCUCAGUGCGGACUACGACGAGCCGCGUGACCAGAUUCGACGCCGGCAGCGCAGGAUCAGCGGCAGCCUUCCGGAGAACCUCGAAUAUCCGACGAGCUGCAACGGCACGAGUUCCAACGCCACGUCGGACUACGACGAGCCGAGCAACUGCCUCAUGCAGUCGGUCUCCAGGUCGGUCGCCGAGCUCCGUAACAACAGUUCUAGUCUUGCCAGCAGUUCACCAAAGAGCCAGCACCGCAAUGUGGGUCUGCCGCUGAAAAAACCUUCGACGGACCCGAUGCCCAGGUCGCAUCGCAUGCUGAAAGCCUUCGCCAGGUCGAGGAACAACAACCUGGAUGAUCCUAGGUCGCAAUUGCCACCCCAGCCAUUUCAACGUAAGUCGAGUUUACCGGGCAACGGCUUGCUGAGCAAUCAGAGCCAGAAGAAGACGAGUAACUACGGCAAGAUCCGAAAGCUGAAGCCCAGUGAAGCAGAACCGGACUACGAGGAGAUCCACGACCCGCAUCUCUAUGAGAUCAUCGGCAGAUCCAAGUCGCUGGAGAACAACAUGCCAAGGUCAGCGCCGAGCACACCGACCGAAGUCAAGCGCUCACCCUUCUCUAGACUCCUCAAAAGACACAAGCAUGCACCCGACUACAGGGACAGUUCGGCCGAGGCUAUCCUGGUCAGAGUGUCGUCCCUGCCCGACCAGGAUCUCGUGAAAGCCGGUACGUUAAGGGACACAGACACGUGCAGGAAGAAGCGAGCGGUGUCACCCCUGACCCUUCGUUCCGACGUCACGGCGAAGCGACUCUCCGAGUCCGACAAAGAUGUCACGCAGAUCAGUCCGGUGGAGCUUCGCAGGUUCCAAGUCGCCAAGUCGAAUGCUAACGACGUGGCCGUCAGCUGCGACUUUCCGGAAGUCGAACGGAGCGAAGUGGACGAGGAGCCGCUAGUGACGAAGAACAACGGGGACGACAAGGCAAUAGUCGACGAGCAGAAUUCCAGAUCGGCUUCGCUACCAAUCUCCCUGCAAUCCAUACUCUCACGACUAACGAAAAGUGGCGGCUCCUGGUGUCCCAACAGUCCUCCAAUGGAAGGCCUCGCUUGCUCGGACAUGGCCACCCAAACGUCUCCGGCCAUUUCCCGCAGCUCGAGUUUCACAUGGGUCAGCGAUUGCGAAUCUCCUCAUCACGAUCUGCACGCGGACGCAGGAUCCUUGCAAGACGAAACGAUCCUGAAUCCGGCCUCGCCGCAGAACACCGUCGACGACGACAACAGGUCCUCGUCAUCGUCGCAGGACCUGCUGCAGAGCAUGGACGAGAUAUCCUCUGGAAGCCUUUCGCCAGACACGACCGACCGAGCUUCCCCUCUCGAAAGCGGAAUCGGAACUGCUAGUCCGCCCAGGAGUACCGAUAGGCGCCUCGUCAAACCUCCGACAUCCUCGUCGACCGGCACGAUAUUGCCAGCCACGAACAAGUGUCACCGCAAGGAGACGUGGGAGAGGAUACGCCGUCGUCCCUCGAAAUUGAACUCGUCUCACGAUCAGCACGAGGACGAAGCUAGUGUGUGGGUGAAACGCGAGAGCGUCCACACGCAGACGAGGUCAGCGGCAGACGAGGAGCGGGACUAUUCCCAGGAGGCAGUGGACAGCAGCAGCGGACUCGACGACUCGCUGCCGAGGACCGGAAAACCAGCCAGGCCGAACAAUCUGCCGCUCGGCCUAUCGACCACUGCGAGUAGCUCGGUGAGUUCAGGAGAGCUCGUAGAUACCUCUUUGCCUCGCGCGCUCUCCUCGCCCUCAACAGCGAGUUUGCAACUUAAAACGACCGAACCCGUGGCAAUCGAAUUGGCGGGUAAAAGCACUAGUGCGCCACUUCUGGAUAACAACGGUAGCAACCCUGAGAAGAGCGUCACCGAAGAGCCGAACCGACAGCAGCCCCGUUCGCAGUCCGAGCGACAACUAUCAGAAAUCGAAGCUCAGGAGGCGUGCAAGUGGCUGCGGGCUGCCGGCUUCCCUCAGUACGCGCAGAUGUACGAAGAUUAUCAGUUUCCUAUUGACGUGACCGGCGUAGCCAAGGAUCACCCGUUUCUCGAGGCCGACUCUCUGCAGAGUCUCUUCCGCAGGCUCCAUGCUCUCAAUCGUUGUGCUAAUAUGAAAUUGGACACUCACCAUCAUCAUCAUCAUCACACAACUCAUCACAACACGAGCCACGGCAAGAGCGGAGGAGGUGGCAACGCAGCCGGCGAGGAUUCGGACGAGGACACGCAGUGCGCCCUGAGCGAGAACUGGACCUUCGAGAAGAAGACCCGACGCUGGUCGCGCGUCUGCGACAUUAGCCCCGGCAACGUCGAGCGUCUCCAGGCCAUAGCAGGCCAACAUCAACAGCGCAGCCAAGAGGACGACAGCCUGGACGACCGACUCGAACAGGACGAGGCGGACGACACUAUGCUCGACACGCUGCGCUACCGGAGCCUACCUCCCGGUGCUCUGCCCGACGAGCUCGGUCCCCGCUUCCGACGCACCGGUUCCGAGAGACUCCGCGACGGUGCCAAGGCUUUCCUGCGCCGCAUGGAGUCGCUCAAGUCGCGCAGGAGGAAGACCCACCACCACAACCGGGAUGGCGUCGUCAUCAGCGGACCACAGGUGCUCGACGUCCUCUCCAUGCAGCAGAAGAUGAAGGACCUCAACUGCGUGGACGUCUCGCCGACCGAAGGCUCGCCGCCGAUCUCCUUCGCCGAUCUCUUGCCGCCGCCGUCGCCGCUGCAGCUCCAGGCACCGUCGCCUCUGCAGCUGCCUCCGUCGCCCUUCCACCUGCCACCCUCGCCUCUGGCUCACAACGCCUCGAGCCCCUUCGGCGACGACUCGUCGAGCUACUGCUCCGACGGAUCGCAGGGAGGUGGCCCAACGCCCACGCCGACCAAGACCAAGAUGAACAGGGCCAGGAGGUUCUUGCACAGGGGUAAUCGCGAGGAUCAGGGUGCGCUCAGCGACUCGGAGUGCCAGCCGACCAGCUGGAGGCACCGGUACUUCAAGGACGCCAACAGCAACAACACGAAGGUGCUGGAGUACGUGACGUCGAGCCCGAAAGACUCGCCGAUGAAGGCCAGUCAGAUCGUGAGCAGCGCGGCGAUAAACACCCGUGGCGGCAGCCUUAACCUGGGCAAGGAGUCGCAGCGCUACCGCGACAAGUUCUCCACGAGCAGCCAGAAGGAGGACAAGGUGACGGCGCUGAAACGCGAGGAGAAGUUCCACAAAAGCUUCCGGCACCACCGCAGCAACAUCGAGCGAAGCAGCGAGCGCAGCAGCCUCGACGAGCCAAUCCGCACCGAGAAGGUCGUGACCAAGGAGGUGACGGUGUACCGGGCCGACAAGUCGAGGACACGGGCCAACGAGACGGCUGCAAGCCAGGAGAGCAGCUCGACCGUCGCCAGCCGCGACUCCGACCAGGAGGAGGACUCGCCGAGGCACAAGGGCAGCGUCGUCAGGUGGCACAGCUUCCAAAGGGGAUCGCUCUACCCCGAGCCACUGGACCCGCUCUGUCCCAGAGCCAUGGCGUCGAUGUCCUGCGGUCAGCUACUGGUGCUGAGGAAACUGGCGCUGCUCAAGCUCACCGCGUGCAUGGAGCGCUACUGUCCUACUCACCGCACCGGCUGGAACUGGGAACUGCCCAAGUUCAUUAGGAAGAUCAAGACGCCGGAUUACAAGGACAAGACCGUGUUCGGAGUGCCGCUGCUGCUGUCCCUACAGCGAACCGGACAGGCACUGCCCAAGUGCAUCCAGAUCGCGCUACGCUGGCUGAGGGCCAACGCGCUCGACCAGGUCGGAAUCUUCAGGAAGAGCGGCGUUAGAUCGCGCAUCCAGAAGCUCAAGGUCAUGACCGAGACCCAGGGUGAUAACAUCAACUUCGACGGACAACAGGCGUUCGACGUGGCUGACCUCGUCAAGCAGUACUUCAGGGAACUGCCCGAGGCGCUGCUCACCAACAAGCUCUCCGAGACUUUCAUCGCCAUCUUCCAACACGUCCCAGUGGAACUCCGACCCGACGCUGUCCAAUGUGUCCUCCUCCUCCUGCCCGACGAGCAUCGCGAAGCUCUGGAAACCCUCCUGGACUUCUUGAACCACGUGGCGAGCAACUCGCCGUACAAUCAGAUGACAGCCUCGAACCUGGCGGUCUGCUUGGCGCCCAGUCUCUUCCACUUCAAUCACAGCAAUGCCAACGUCUCGAGCAACAGGUCGAACAGCGUUUCACCCCGGCGAAGGAAGACCGUCGGCAUACCGGAUCAGCGCGAGCUCUCCGAGAACAAAGCGGCCCACGACUGUCUCCUAUACCUUAUUAAGACACAUCGUGAGCUGUUUAUGGUAUCCUCCGACAUGUUGACGCAGUGCCACUUCAAUUAUAUGGAGGAGAGCGUUCCAGUACCGUUGGAAGAACUUGGAUCCGAGCUCAAGCAGGAUUGGAGAGGAUAUUUGUACGCCUGUACUACGGCUCUCCUCAAGGAAGGUCGCGAAAAAAGCCGCGGCUGGGUGUCGGUAAACAAUCCGGCCGACGCGAACGUGGACAUGGCGUACAAGAAGGUGGGCGACGGUCACCCGCUGAGACUGUGGCGCGUUACGACGGAGGUGGAGGCGCCGCCGGAGGAACUGCUGCACCGGGUGCUACGCGAGCGCCACAUCUGGGAUCCGCAACUGCUCAAGUACAGACAGGUGGCCAAGCUCGAGGCCAACGUCGAGGUCUUCCAGUACGCCACCGGCAACAUGAGUCCCCUGCCGGCCAGGGACUACUGCGUACUCAGAGAUUACUGUGUUGUCAGAUCUUGGCAGACGGAUCUCCCGAAGAAGGCAUGCGUCAUAGUGGAAACGUCUGUGGAACAUCCUGACGCUCCGGUGAUGCUCGGUGGCACGCGCGGCAUCGUUCUCGCCUCGCGCUAUCUCAUCGAGCACUGCGGAAGCGGAAGAUCGCGCAUCAUGCAUCUCUCCAGAGUCGACACCAAGGGUCGCACACCCGAAUGGUACAAUAAGAGCUACGGCCACAUCGCUGCUCUGCACCUGAGCAAAAUCCGCAGCUCGUUCAAGCACACGACGGAUGGCCCGGAGAGUAAAGUCUGAGACAGGGCCCCCGCGCAGCAGCAGAUUCCUCUGCUGCUGCGCGGCGGACCCCAGCCCCAGGCGACGGUGAUUGCUGCGGCAGUUGCCACCGCCAUCGACCAGAUGUGCGAGGCCAGCCAGCCCCAGGUACAUGACCCGCGCUACCUGCGUCCGCCCACCAACGACAGCGACUAAGUUCCUGAUACGUGACGCACGAGGUCAACUGAUGAGAUAGAAUAUACUAGAGAGUUCUCAAGUAUAUAUUAUCGGUGUGACGCUCCGUGUGCGGGAGAAUUAGCGCCGGAACGUUCGACCAAAAGACUUUUCAAGAUAAAGCUUGAGUCUUAACUUACUCUGUAUAGUUUAACGAUCGUCUAAGAAGAUAUGUAUUCGUAUUCGUUUGUAUUUGUCAGUAGACGUUUUCGGCGUCGCUGUAAAUACGAGUUCUUUGUUACCCUUUGGAUGUAUAUUCCAUAUAUAAUAUGUACUCGAUAUGUCGCGCGACGCAAAUGUUUUAACUUUUUUAUGACAUGUUUCUUUUUUUCGUUCGGACCAAAUGUCGUUUUUUCUUUUGCUCGUUUUAUAUUACUAUAUUAUUCUCGUAAUUAACGAUCUAAUGAUGUAUAGCAGACGCUGUUAAAUGCAUUAUAAGAUGAGAAAUAUGUAAUCUCCGUAUUUUAGUACGCACGAGGAGAGACGAAGGCGAAAUAAGGAGAGAGAGAGAGAGAGAGAGAGAGAGAGAGAGAGAGAGAGAGAGAGAGAGAGAAGGAAAUGUGGACGUAAUUAAAAAGAAGCGUAAGCGUGCUUCCGUUUGACGUAACGCGAGCGAUCUCACGAUUUACCGAGGAUAAAAAGUUACUCGCGAUUCUCACGAUGUGAAUGAUAUUUUUGAAAACGAAAAUUGCUUGAAACGAAUGAAGGUGAGACGCUGCGCGUACCAAAAAGUAGACGGCGGAAAAAUGAACGUCAAACGUAUAUUUUUCAAUGAAAAAAUCAAUAAAACGAUUCUAUAAACCGAGCUUUUAAAGCUGUAAAUGAGAUACCUGAAUUAUUACACUUAAGAUAUAGAACUUCAUGUUCAAGAUUACGUUAUCCGAACUUUAUACCUUUAAAUUGUAAGGCCGAAUGCGUGAGAGAGAAUGUCGCACCUUCCUGUUUUAUGCAAUCAUCAGAGUGUGCAAGAACUAAAUUAUAUACUCCAAUUCCAAUUUUGACGGCUUUCGGUUUGAAGCGUCGAACUGAAACCAAUAAUGAAAAACAUACUAUGUAAUUCAUACGAAAAUUCAUGAAUGCAUUCAUUCGAAUAAUAAAAGUUCCACUAGUUUCAUGUUUAGUGGAUGUCUCAUAAAAAGAUGUUGACUGACCGGACGCGCGUUUAUGUAUUGCAAUUAUCCUCCAUGUGUUCGAAGUUGUUAAUCGUCACUUGUUCUCGGAUUAAUUAUUGCGAUGAUAUACAAAUAAAAAUACUAUGUGGAACCGGAUUACGUGGCCCAAAGCCCUAAACAUAAUAUACAAAGCUAUAUAUAUCAAACGCGUCAAUGAUUAAAAUUGUAACUGUAAUUCAAUGCCCCGGAAUUCGCUAAAUGGAUCGUCGAUGUAUUUUAACAUAAUGCUAGUCAAGUUAUACUUUAGUUAAAAAGGUGCGCGUGUGAAAACAAACAUAAUAAUAAUAAAUAUACAGGCAAACGCGUCACUGACAACAAUAAAUGUGUAGAUUCAUAUUCCAAGAUGUUUAUUAUGUAAAGAAAAAAAAAAUAAUAAAUGAUAUAACGGCAUAUUUAAUUAUAUCGUCGAGAAAGAAAGAAGUUUAAAAUGAGCGAGAAUGCAAAGAGUUUUAACGACGAAGGAUGAAGUUCUAUGCAAAGAUAUAUUUUUGUGUUUAAGAGCCAGUAGAAAUGACAGAUGCGAUGCGAAAGUUAUACGAUGUAUCACUGUUGAGUUGUAUAUAUGUACAUUAUAUUUUAAUGAAUGACGAAUAUAUACAUAUAUAUUCCUUAAAACCAA